AGCUUUUACUGCGCAGAGUCGAUGAAUAAGACACUACUUUGAAGGUGUUUUCGUUGGCUGGAUGUUGACAUUAAUCUUAAAUAGCUUACACCUAACAUUACUUCUUACCCGGCAAUGAAACUAUGCUCGCAGGUUAAAGUUAACCCUGGCUGCUGGCGCUAGCAUGUACUACAAUCAAAUGACUUGGUUUGGCUUUGGUUUUAACGGCUUUGGGCAAAUUGUGCCAUUCGGGAAGGUGGAUUGUGAGACACCUAGCGAGAACCACGUUAAAAUAGCUGUUCCUGCCGUUGUGAAAUGCUCAAAUGACAGUUCAGUCAGAAUUGUAUCAGAGACCAAACAUGAGAAGGAAGCUAAGGCUUGGAACAUGCAGGUUAUUGCGUGCUGGAGUCGCACGGCUUCGUUUUUUGGGAAAGGUGAAGGACAGGUGCAUCUGACAGGAUUCACUGAUGGUUCAUUAGACCGCCGAAAAAGCAUCAGCAGGAGCACUGGGUGUGUGGAUGCCUGGAUCACUGAGAGAUACUUGACUCUUCGCUUCACAGACAGAGUCGAGUGCUGGACUUGUGAUGGUGCAAACAUGGAGCUUGUUUUGAAGUUGGAACAGGAUUCAUCAGACAGAAAGACAGGUCAUUCCGCCCCGCUCCCUCUUGUUCCAGAGGGGUACAUUGCCUCGGAACCCCCUCUUUUCCGUCCCUUGUCUCCCCAGCUCCGUGCUGACCGGCUGGCUCUGGGCACAGCCCAUGCCCUCCUCCUGUGCGCUGGUGGCACCAUAUACACCUGGGGUAGUGGAAGCCAUGGUCAGCUGGGCCACGGCACUCUGGUGGCAGAGGAAGAGCCGCGGGUGGUGGAGGCGCUGUGGGGUCUCCCUGUGUGUGCGGUGGCGGCCGGAGGAUGGCACUCCGCAUGCGUCAGCGAGGGCGGAGAUCUGUACAUGUGGGGCUGGAACGAGAGUGGUCAGCUAGGUCUCCCGUCUCGGCGCUGCAGGGAGGAGUCUGAACAAAAAAAAGAAACUGGGCAGCCAAAAAGAGAACAGGAGGAGACUGGCGACGACGUGUUCAUCUCUAUCCAAGCCUUCCCUGCCCUGCUGGACAUUCCACAUGUGUCGGAAGUCAGCAGUGUUAGCUGUGGAUCCCGCCACACAGCUGCAGUCAGUUGUCAAGGGGAUCUGUAUACCUGGGGAUGGGGUGACUAUGGACAGUUGGGCCAUGGGAAUCUAUGCAGCUCAGAUCAACCUUCCCUUGUGGACUUCUUCCCAAAACAUGGACUGUGUGUGAAGGAUGUGAAAUGUGGGCCAUGGAAUACAUUUGUAUCUGCAACUCAAGCAAACCCUGCAGGACCACAUGCAGAUGACGAUGCAGCUACAAGUUAUUCAGGUCAAGGAAAAUAAACAUGUAAUGCCAAACGAGACGUGACAAGGGCACCUGGGUGCAACUGUAAUAUAUAAUGAAGGAUGGACAUUAAAGAAACAGUCAAGAUCGCUCUGAAGAAGUAUGACGUUGGGGACAUGUUUUCCUAUUUGCCAGUCAUGCCAAAAGCCUCAGUACUUAUUCCAGUGUUCGUAAGAGGAGGAGAGCUACACGUAUUGAUG